GACGAGCAAUUGCCGGCGGUGUACGUUCUACCUGUAUUCGAAGACGGAACCCAUCAUCGAGGCCUCGGACGAGCUCACCUUCGCACCCUGGGCAGCGCGGUUCCCGGGCUGCGCGGCGCAGUUCGCGCAGGCGGGCUUCGAUCCGCAGCGCAACCUCUGGAACGCGGUCUUCGACUUCACAGGCAGCGCCGACAGGGCUCAUUGGCGCGUGCCUGGGCUGGAAGAGCUUGUAGAGCUCGAG